GUCACUUUAGCAUUUUCGCCAUUCGCCAUGGUGUUGUUAAUUUGUUAAUAUUGAUAGCGAAUAUUGCGAUAAAGUGGUUGUAUAAAUAAACCGUCUAUGUGAGACGUUAUCAUUUUAUACAUACCUCUUGAAAUUGGACGUACAUUUCUUUCGAAGUACUUUGAUCGCAACUGAAUUGAUUUAAUUCGAUGGCAUCAUCAAUAUUUACUGUAUCUCCAUCGCCUCCGGCUAACUUAAAUUCCAAGCCAUUAGUGAUUGUUGAGAAAUUAAAUGAGAUCACAACUAUUGGUAUUAACAGACCGGAAAAGAAAAAUUGUGUCAAUCAUGCCACAGCAAAGGAACUAAUGGCAGCUUUUGCCGAAUUUGAAGCAGAUAAAAAUGCCAAAGUAGCAGUUCUCUACGGGGUUGGCGGUACUUUUUGUGCUGGAUACGACCUCAAAGAAACGGCUAACAGUGCACUGAAUAAUGCUGGCGCAGAGACAUUAGCUAUGUCAGAUAAUUUCAAUCCGCUUAAUACAAAUGGUGCCGGUCCGUUGGGGCCGACGAGGCGAUUUUUCGCCAAACCAGUAAUUGCUGCAGUUAGUGGCUACGCUGUUGCUGGUGGUUUUGAAUUGUCACUGGCCUGUGAUUUGAGAGUAGUGGAAGAUUCAGCAGUUUUUGGAGUGUUUUGUAGACGAUUUGGAGUGCCGCUGAUAGAUGGCGGCACGGUUCGCCUACCAGCACUGAUUGGACUGAGCCGAGCCUUGGAUAUUAUUCUAACUGGAAGACCAGUUAAGGCACAGGAAGCUUUACAGCUUGGAGUGGCAAAUCGAAUUGUAAAGAAAGGAAAAGGUUUGAGUGAAGCAAUAAAAUUAGCUAAGGAGAUUGCAAAGUUUCCUCAAGAAUGCAUGUUGCGAGACAGAGCCAGUGCUUGGCAUUCGACCUACUCAUCAUCUAAUUUCCAAGAAGCUGUCGAGUACGAAAUGACCCAUUCUUUAGAUGUUAUUGCCCAGGAAUCCAUUCCUGGAGCAUCCCUAUUCGUAAAAGGUGUUGGUCGACACGGUUCAUUCGAUAUUGGGAAGUCAAAGCUCUAAUAAGCUUAUGUUGGUGUGUAAUUAGGGGAAUGAGGGUCAUCUGUUACCGACAAUAUCGACAAAAAAUAAAGAGAGAAGGCUCUGGCAAAAUUUUCUUAUAUAACAAGAUGUAAUGUUGAAACCAAUGAAGUAAUAGAUUUUGUAUCAAACACCAGUAAAUAGUUAAAGUAACAUAACGUAAACGAUUUACUGAUACCCUAACCACGUUACUCGUACAUGUAUGUAUUAUAUUUACGUUGAAUAUGCACAUAACAGUGAAACAUCGGACAAGAAUAUCUUAUACGCUAUCGGUAUCAUACAUUGAUAGCGAAUUUUCCAUCAUUUCCUUGACGCACAUCCCACAUACACAUUGUGUUUAUUUUCCUUUUUGGGUUGCUCGGUGGAUGUUUUUGUGUAUUUUUGUGCGUAAAUUUUCCUCUUUUGUGCGUGAUGACGUUGUUAUGUAAUGUUGAUUUGAUCAUGUUUCAUGAAAUCCUGUUAUCAGAUUACUUUGGAGCUGUUAGGUUUCGUCGGUUUUAUUCAUACUUCCUUAUUUAAAUGGAGGGUCUGUAUGUAAAAGGGCUUAAUCAUUGUUUUGUGUUGUAAAUUAUUGUAAAAUUCGAAUAAAGUUGUAAACAAGACUUCAUAACCGCUUCUCCGUUUAUUUGAUUAAAACAAAGCGCAGUAGAAAUACAAAUUAUAUGUAAGCAGAGUUUGUGAAGACAAUCGCAAUAUACCAUAAGUGAAAAGAAGUAAAAAAUGCUUCCGUAUCGCAAUUAUAUAGCUCGUUUCGUUCUAUAUGUAGUAAGUCAUAUUCUCGUUCCUAUCGCUAUUACACGUAUUAUAUUCUACUAUGAUAAAGUAUAUAUUAUAGCUGCUCGCGAGGGGAAAUCACUUACUCGUAUCAUACAAGGGCGCCAAAAAGAUACAAUUG